CUACACUUGAGUUACACAGGGCCAGGGGCAUUCUUUGAAUUUUGGGAGAUGUGAUUUGUGCUGUGGCAGAGUCUGAGCAGCCUUGUAUCAGCAACAAGUGGUCAUACAUUGUAACAAGUCUGGUUGCUGUUGUGAUUGUGAGUCAUCUAGUCAAUGUAUGAGUGAAAUGGGCUCCCAGUAUGACAAACUCCUUCUGCAUAUGGAAGUCAAAUGGUUAUCCCGCGGGAAGGUGGUUAACUGUGUCGUCAGUUUCAAGGAUGAACUCCGGCUCUUCCUGUCAGAACACAACCCUGAAUUGGCAGAAAACUUAACCAAUGAAAGAUGGCUCUUGAUUCUUUGCUAUCCCGUAGACACUUUUGAGAAAUUAAAUGAUCUCGACUCUUCACUCCAGGGAAAGAACAGCAACAUCUUGCUGCUUGGUGACAAGAUUUCUGCAUUCCUGAAGAAGCUCACUCUGUGUGGAGAGAGAAAUAUGAGACAGCAAUGCAGUCAGUUUCCAUUGUCUCAGUGAACUCACAGAACAAUAUCCACUUGACCACAAACAAAUUGAUAAAGCUGUCUCUAAUCAUCUGAAAAAUCUCUGAGAGUUAUAGGAGAAGUGUCAUGGACUGCCAGCAGAGAAGGCUGAUUGGACUAGAAACUGUUUUCGCACAGAUUUGGCAGCUAUACAUCUCCCUCUUGCUGAACAAGAAAAGCUGUCAGAACUACCAAAUGAUCACACCCGGUUGAUGGAAUUCAAAGGAAAAGCACUGGGAAGUUUUUGGCUCUCUGUGAAAAAGGAGUAUCCAGGACUUGCCAUAAGCACUCUUGCCAUUCGCAUCCACAUACGUAUGCGAGACUACCUUCGCCGAGCUGGUGGCAAUCAAGACCAAACAGCGCUCACGGCUCCAGCUGGAAAAUGAUCUCAGAGUAGCAGCCUCCAGGAUAAAACCAAACCUGGAUGUCAUUGUCUCAGAA